UGCUCCCUUGAACAAUUAUGCAGAAUUGCUCAUGCACGUGCAUUAUUUUCAAUGUCUGUGACUGACGGUUAAUGUCAAAAUCAGUUAUGAAACGGCUAACGUGACUUCUUUUGCGGAGGCAAGUUAGAGCUACAGGUCACUGGCUGGAGGUAGAGCACAGUUUUCUUUACGGAAAAGCGCCAUGGCUGCCAUGCCCCUCUUGCCCUGCCCUGUGCGGCUUGGCAUAGUGAAGGAUGGAGGCCCGGUGGAGCAGUUACAUAAGUACACUCUGGAGAAAAACCUACAGAAGAUGGAAAAGCUGCUCAAGAAAGGUGUGCACGUUGACUCUGUCAAUAACCUUGGCCAGACACCUCUGUUUUGUGCAUCUCUCCUGGGCCUGACGACCGUGGUUGAGUUACUGCUGCGUUACGGAGCUGACCCAAAUCAUCGCUGCGAAGACAGGAGCACGCCGGUCCAUGCCGCCGUAUUCUCCUGUAAACCAUGGCUGCUCAGCGGAGUGCUGGACGCCGGUGGUGACUUGCGGUUACACGACCACAAGGGCCAUACCCCGCAAGACUGGGCCAAGGCCGGAGCUCAGGAACACAGUCAGAGGAUGGUAGACUUUCUGAAACGCUGCGUGUCCCACAUGCAUAGCCUUUCCCAGCCACUGCAGCCUCAGGACCAUCGCCGGACCCCCAGCUCCUCCAAAACGCUGCUGCGCUCCCCGUCCCUGCUGGAGUUUCUCAGAACAGGGAGCUCUGACCUCCCCGCGAACAGAAAGCUGAGCACGAAAUCGCCCCUUUUCGACACGGUCCAGUGCUUUGGCUUCGGAAAGCUGUGUGUGGACAGGCCCAGGCAGCCCCUGGGGCUCAUGGCCAGCUUGCCCUUCGUGGCGGACAGAGAGCUCGGGCAGGCAGACGACGAGCCCAUGGUCACCUAUACCUGCGAAUCCUUCAUCAAAAUGACCAAUUACAGCUGGAAGGGAUGUCGGGUGACAGUGAAAGAUCUGAAAUCCCAUAAUGCACUGCAACAUGGCAAUCAAGUGGGCUACCUGGACCUGCUGAUCACCGAGCAAGAAUACUGCUGCCAGCUGUACCACCCUCACCUCCUGCAGUUGCUGGCGGUUGGCAUGAGUCCCGAUGUGCAGCAGAUCCGCUUGGUGUUUGAGAGAGUGCACAUGGGGUCCCUCCACACCGUCCUGCAUCACAGGCGUGAGCAGUACCCCGCGCUGCAGGCGGAGGGGGCACUGUCCCUGCUGCUGCAGGUGUGCGAGGCCCUGCUCUACCUGCACGGGCGGGGCCUGGUGAUGAGGUCACUGUCCUCCCACGCCGUGCAGGUCGUCCACCCCGGCGUGGCCAAGGUCACCGGCCUCGGCUUCGCCGUCCCCAGCUGUGAAAGUGGGGGCCCUAGCAGCCCCGCCCCCCUGCCCCUCCCCCAGGAGCUGUACAAUUGGGCAGCCCCAGAGGCCAUCAGAAACGGGGCCUGCUGUGGAAAAGCAGAUCUCUACAGCCUGUGUGCCCUCAUUCAGGAGCUCUUCACAGACGCGGUGCCGUGGGGGCCGGCGGACCCCCGCUGCAUCCGGCAGGCCGUGGAGUCGGGCCUGGCCCUGGCGGCCGAUGGGAGCAUCCCGCAGCCGUACUGCCAGCUGGUGAGGGCCGGCCUGCGGCCCCGGGCCCAGGAGCGGAGCUGCAGCCUGCAGGACCUGCGCUACCUGCUGCGCUCCGACAUCAGGGAGCUGGCGCAGAGCGGAGGCUGGAGGGGGAGUGGUCUGUUCUGGGAGACGGCGGGGCCCGGGGGGCGGAGCCCGGAGCCCACGCAGAGCGGGGAUGAAGAGCAGACGGGCUCCGGGCCUGCAGCAGUCAGAGAUGAGGAAGGGGAUCCGUGUGCCAAGCAGUCCGACAGCAUGGUGGCGCGGGAGAUCGAGGCCCAGCUGAACCAGCUGGACCAGCUGCUGGACGGGCAGGAGGAGGGGGAGGAGGAGGAGGACCCGACCGCCUCUGACCAGUCCUCGCCGCUGACCACCUUCUGCGAAAGCCUCUCCCUGGACGACUGCCGCCCGUCCCUGGACGACCCCCAGUUGGAGAGCUCCGGGGACUCCGGGUCCGAGAGCAGCAGCACCCCCCCCGGGUGGCCCGAGCGGGCGGGACCGUGGGGGGGCGUCCCGGCGCCCGAGCCGGCCAGCAGGGAGGCGGAGCACAUCGGCUCGGUGGUGCUCAACCUGAAGGUGUCCCAGGUGCUGCUGCAGCAGUCGGAGAGCAGCUUGCGGGUCGUGGAGGCCGCCCUAGGAGCCGGCCGGGGCGGGGGCAGGGGUGGGGGCAGGGGCGUGGACGAAGUGGACGGGGCGGGGUCCGACCAGCCCGACGGCGGGCGGAGAGAGGGGGGAAGAGGGGGCAUCGCGGGGGCCCAGUCUGAGCACGUCCUCGCCAGAGCCACCGGACCCCCGUCCCGCUCCUACCUGCCCUGCCGCGGGCCACGCCCGGGGCCCGGGACCCCGCAGGGAGCGAUCGGCGACCGGGAACGGGGCGCGCGCCGUUCCGUCUGGGAGGAGGAGCUGAGCUUCUACAGCUCCGCCCAGGAGGAGAGCUUCGGCGACGCCCAGGCAGAGAGGAGCAGUGUGUCUACAGGAGGGCCAGAGAGAGGAGAGCAGCAGUCCACCUGCAGACAGGGCUUAGAGGACAGGACGUACACACUGUCUACCUCAGCGUACUCCCCCUGCGGCAGCCCGCGGCUGGGCUGGUCUCAGCCGUCCACCACAGCCAAAUGGACAAGCGAAGUGUCUGAGGCGGUAGCCAGGAUGACCCGCGGGCGUUUUGGAUCCGCCCCCUGCCCCACUAGCAGCGACAGCGAGGAGACGGACAGAAGGAUGUGGGCGGGAAGGCAGGAUCCGCUGGGCCACAGUGACCCUCGCGGGCGCGUACAGGAACUGCAGGAGGUGGACAGUGGCCACAGCAGUGCAGAGAUGGAGCACCUCUUCAAGAGCUUUGCAGGUAUCCAGAGCGAGAGUGAGGGCGACUCGGACUUCCACACCGUCAACCGCACCUUCGGCCUGAGCUGUGGGGCCUGGGAGGGGGCGGGGCAGAAAGAGGAGGAGGGCACCUCCGAUUCGGACUACGCCCAGUCUCCAGAGGGUCCCUCCAGCGUGUUCUACACCCCCAACCCAGAGCUUCAGCCACACCCCACAGGGAGGUGCUCACAGACGCCCAGCUCGGACGGGGACCUGGAGGUGACCAUGGAGGUGUGUCAGCCCACCGCUGGCUCCGGGGGAGGAGGAGCGUCGGAGCGCUCGGGACCUCCUCCAAACGCGGUUCACCCGCUAAACGCCGUCUUACAGAGGAGCAGCCACAGCCCUCAGCGAGGAGGCCGUUCCCCCGCGGCGGAGUGCGCGGUGACCAAACCCGCCGCUGGUCAGCAGGCCCCCUCGGCUGUAGCCAGCGGACUCCCAGACCUGGCCGAGCUGGCGGAACUGUCCAGCAUCACGUGCUCGCCCGCCCAGAACCAGGAGUGGGCGGGGCAACCGGCACUGCGGCCCAGCCCACUCGGCAGACGCCCCGCCCCCUGCAACAGCACCCCUCGAAGCCCAGUGGGAAGCCCCCACCACAGGCCCAUGGAUGCCUGCGCAGCGCCCCUCCCCCACCUGCCGAGUCUGCUGGACACCUGUCCCUGGAGCGACACUCCCUCCCAGACCCUCAGCACCGAGAGCUUCGCCACCGCCACCCCGGGAGACAGCAGCACGACGGAGACGUCAGCGUCCAGCGUUCUGCGGUCUCCCAUGUGGGCCCAAGAGACGGACACCCCCACCGGCCCUCGGGACCCCCCCGCGGCGAGGGGGGCCGCCAGCGCGUCCGCUAACAGGGACGCCGCGCGCCCCGGAGACGCCGCACCAGCCGUCAACGGUGAGACCGCGGGGGCGGACUGCUCGGAGGGGGAGGCCCAGACGCGCGGCGGGGGGGCGGGAGUCGUGACGGCGAGCGGAGGGGAGGGGCUCCCCGCGGCGGAGCGCCCAGACCUCGGGCGCGGUGACUCAGAGCGCGGCGACGCCGACGCGCCGGCGGAGGGAGGAGUGGAGAAUUCGGGGGUGAUGCCCGAGGACAGAGGAAAGCCCGGUGAAGAAGAAGGGACGCCUGACGGAGAGACGCUGGGCAGCGGCCCGGGCCGCGACUCCGCUGCGGUGGACGGCGGGGCCCCCGGAGAGAACGCCCGAGAGAGGACUCCGUCCCCAGACGAUCGGUGCGUCAUGGAGGAGACUCAGAGAGCUCACUCCACACUGGACGCAGACCUGCAAGGCCUGCUGUUGGAGAUGGCCACCGGCCAGAGGUUCAUGGAAAGCCCUGGAGCCAUAGAGCUUCCCAGAGUGCAGGACGCAGUGUGGGGUGAGAAGACCAGUCACCCGGGAGGGGACAGUAUGGAAGCCGUCCUUGCAGAGGGGAAGGAGGCCUUAUCGUUCCCAAACAACUUGGACCUUCAGGAAGAGAAGCUAGAGACGGUGAACCAUGAGUCCUGGAGCCGGCCUCACAGAGUUAUUGUCUUGGAGCAGACUCCCCCUAAAGGUCAGACUGAGUCAGAGCAAGUGUUGGACAAAUGACCAGCUUCCUGCCAAGGGUGAUGAACAAUUACGACACCACUGCCAACAACCUACCCUCAACUCCCUAUUCAUACUGUUAAGAGCUGUAAAAAUGUGAAUUUACACGUUCUUUUAAUUGACAAUCGAGUGGCAACUUUUUAGACGUUUCCUGUACCUUAUACCAUGUCUUAAUGAAAAGACAGAAUGUUGAGAGAUUUUAAUGUUACUCUCCAAAUUUUUUACAUUUUUGUGUUAAAAUGCAGUGUUUGGUGUGUAUUCUAAUAGUAUUUCAUAGUACAAUAGCCCCUACUGUUCAUUUUUGUGAAAAGCUCACUUUGAAUGCAGUGGGAUGCAUUCUUGGAUUCCUAAACAUCUAAUGUUGUAAUUAUUUUCCUUGCACCCAUCGUUAUUCUUGGUGAAAUUUGUACAACUUGAAGUUAAUUUUGCAGUUUCUUGCGAUUUUUUUCAUGGUUUUUAACCUUGUUGCCCUAUUCUUUGCAUUUUAUUCCAAUUGUGAAAUGUGCCGUGCUUUUGUCAAGUAAACACAUUGUGAUGAACACAGUGGAUGAUAAAUUAAUGACAGUUCCCUCAUUUUUAUUGUAACAAUUUCGAAUAACAUUUAGAAUGCUUUGUUUUUAAAAGAGAGUUCAAUACCUUACAUAACCAUAUUUCAAAAUGACAUUUUAAAUAGCAGAAAUGAUAAACACAAGAAUACAUUUUACAAGACAACAUGACUACCACUAAUGUGUCCUUAUAAAUGAAUGUUGCUUUUUUUUCCAAAUUAUUUCCAGUUAAAAUGCUGUUCCAUAAUUGUUAGGUACAAUAUAAAGUAAUAUGUAAUGUUAAAAAACAAGCCUUUUUGACUGUGCCAUAGAUGAACUGGUAAGACUUUCUUCUAGUAAAAUAAACUUUUGUCUUGAUUGCAAAUGUCUUGAUUUUGCCAAGUGCAUAUGUUUGACCAUUUCCUGUUCUUUGAGCAUAUAAAUCACUAAAACUACAGAUGGCAUCAACAAAAUGAUUUUUUGUUUUGUAUUUGUUUUUUUAAAAGGAGUGCAAAUGUCACCUCUUCCAUGUACAAUAUGUGGUUUAUGCUGGGAA